CCGAGAGACGCGCGGCUGGCCCGGGCUGGGGGCAGUGAUGCGGUGGGCCGCAGUGCGCAGGCGCGCGGCCGGCGGCGAUGUUUUGUUUCGCCCGGUGUGCCCCUCCGCGGCGCCAAACACCUCCUCAUCGUCAACAAUAAAGCGUCAUUAACAUUAAACAAAUAAACGUCGCCAACGUCGCCGUUAAAACAAUUAGCGAGGUCGACUUUGCCUUUAAAAAAAAAAUAAACGAGGUUUGGAGGGCAAGGGCCGUUGAAUCGUAAAGGGGAAAACAAAAAUUGAUCCAAGCAAAAACGGCCGUCUGUAUCACUGAAGAUAGCGAAAUUUCACAAUUUUUUUUUUCUCUUUGCGCGGCUAAUAAGACGAGAAAUCGAUAUCGGGCGCCUUGGAUAUACGAGAGGAAAAAAAAUUGACGAAUAAUAAACUCGGCGAUUUGUAAGCGUUAAAAUAUCAGGCGUAAUAUUUUAGUAAGGCGGGUAGCGUAAAUAGUGAACGAUAACGUGGAAGAGGACGCGCGCGAUGAGGUGCACGGUGCCCGGGCGCUGUGAGUGAAGCGAGCGGCCGGGCGGGCGCUCCUCGCUUCUCUCUCGAAGCAGGGAAAAACAAUUCUUCCUCGUUGUCGUCGUCAAACAGCGUCAACAACAUCAUCAUCGUCGUCGUCAAAUAAGAAGAAGAAGAAGCAACAGCAGCAGCCAUCAUGUCCAGCAUCAAAUUCUCGGCGACGCGAAAACCCGGCGGGCGGCCUCCAGUGGGCAGGGGCCGCCCAGCUGUGAGGAACUCCACACCCUCGCACGUUCUGGAAGGGGCCUAUAUGAAUCCCAGAAUGGUUCACGUGUUGACCUCUGUUGUGGGUGCCAGAUGUGAAUUGCUCGUGAAAAGUGGGAAAGUAUUUGAAGGAAUUUUCCGAACCUACGGACCGAAGUACGAGGUGGUGCUCGACGCGGCGCAUCAGCAAAGUGCCGACUCAACGCAGUCGGGCCCCAAGAGUGAGGAGAUCGUCAACACGAUGAUCUUCAGCCCGAGCGACGUGGUGUUGGUGCAGUACAAGGACGUGGACCUAAACUAUGCCACGCGAGAUGGCUUCACUGACAGCGUGAUUGUGAGACGGGUGAACGGAGAGCACCGGGAGCGGGAGCUGGAGCCCUGGCAGGGAGGGGAUGGUGCUGGAGACGACAUGAGCUCGCUUGACACCGACAUGUCAAACGGCUGGGAUCCCAAUGAGAUGUUUCGCUACAACGAGGAGAACUACGGCGUCAAGUCAACGUACGAUAGCAGCCUCGCCAACUACACGACGCGCCUCGACAAAGACAGCUCGGAGGAGUUCCAGAAACGAGAGGCGCGUGCAGAGCAACUUGCACGCGAGAUCGAGUCGAGCCCGCAGUACCGUACGCACGCGGCGCUCGAGAACGACGAUGGCCGCACAGAGGAGGACCGCUUCAGUUCCGUGCAGCGCCGGCAGCAGCAGCAGCAGCCUGACCGGGAUGGCCCCACCCUCUACACCAGGGGGAGGUACGUUCCCCCUGGUCAGCGCUCAGGUCCACUGGGCCGUGGGGGUGGCCGACAGAACUCUCCCAAGUUCGGUCGGCAAGGAGCGGGGCCACAGCCGAGCCGCGGCGGUUACCGCUACCCCGAGCCCAGCCCCAGCCCCGGUCUGGAUCACCGUGCUCUGAAUGGAGCGGGCAGAGGGGCCAUCCGAUCCCAGGUGACGCAGUCUCCCAAACCAGGUCAGGAGCUCUCCACGCCGCCUGGCCUGAUGGUGGGUGCACCGGCCGGCGUGCAGGCCUUUGGCGCGGCAGGCGCUGGCCAUGCCCAGCCACAGCCCCUCCCUGUGACGGCCAUUCAGCCGGCGCCGGGGAUGCCGCAGCCUGUGGCUUGGGUCUCCGUGCCCCCGCCGGGAGUUCCUCAACCAUCCUCUGCUCAGGCAGGAGCGCUCGCGGCCCAGCAGGGGGUGGCGGCUGUGGCUGCAGCCGCCCACGCUCCACCCAGCGCCUCCAAGGUCCCCGACGUUCAUCUUGUCGCCUCGCCGGCGACCGCGCCUGCCAACACAAUCGUCGCCGCAGCUCAGGCGCCCGCUGCAAUGGCUGCUGCUGCCGCUACGGUCGUCACCACCGCUGCUUUUCAGCAGCCAACCGCCUCCGUCCCAGUUACAGGGUUGAGCAUUCCGCGCGGUGCCGUGCUGUCAGCUGCUCCAACCACGUCAUCUGGAAUGACUUCUGGUGCUGAGUCAGCUUGUCAGCCGCAGCCUUCCUCGGCAGAAGGUGGUUUUGUUUCUGCGAUUUCAGGCAAAGAAACCAGUAUUCAUGUGGAACAAGGCCCACAAAACAUGAUUGCAGAUCAGCAGCAAGCCCGGGCGCCUGGCGCUGCUCAGCCCAUCUUGCAACGAGCGCCGAGUGCUGUACCUGUUAGAGGUAAAACUUACAAAGUCCCAUACCAGUCCGUGCUGGAGGCAAAGAAAAACCCAAUUGAAGAGCUUAAGAGAUUUAGUGCCGAAUUCAAGCUAAAUCUAAACCAGGCGGAGCCAGGCCCACAGGAAGAGCGUUCCACCAGGGACAAAUCAAAGGGAGACGGUGCCGAGGUGGCGGCCGAGUGCAGCACCGGCACGCAGACCACCGACACGCCAGCGUCCACGCAGGCAGCCAACAGUGGCAGCCAGACUGCAGGAAGUGCUGUGCCACAAGCAGUUGCCAGCUUGGGUACUGGCGGUGAGGUCACGGCCACUAAACCGGGGUCAGAAGGACCGAAUGUGAUCUCCGAGUCCACGCCAAAAGCAGAUGUUGAAAGCAGUAAAGACAAAGGGGAAUCGGAUGCCACAGAUUCGAAGAAGUCCAACCUAAAUCCUAAUGCCAAGGAGUUUGUGUUGAACCCAAGUGCCAAGCCUUUCAUUCCCAUGGUGAAGCCGGUGCCUACGCCAACCCCUCCCCGCCCACAGCAGGCGAGCCCCUCUGUGAUCAUGCCAGCGCCACAAGGACCGCUCUACACCCCCCAGCCCCUGGCUGCCUACCCGCCCGUCAUCCCCAUCAACCAAGUGCCGGCUGCCUAUCAAGUGCCAGUGCCAUUGAACCAGCACAAGCCGUACAGACCAACAAAAGGGACAAUGCCUCAGAUUCGGUCUGACCACGCGCACCCGCAGAGCAACCAGGCCAUCCUGCACUCUGUGUCUAUGGCCACGGUGUCCGCUCCACCGCUCGGAGCUUCCUACUCCCACGCCUUCAUUCCCUACAGCCCCCAGCACUACCCAAGCCAGCCCAACCUGCUUCACUACCAGCCGCUGCAUCAGGCCGGGGCUGUCUACCCUCCUCUCAUGCAGGGGGGCUCGCGAGUGCUCGCGGCCCCCCAAAUGGGGCCUGGUCAGGCCGGCCUGGUCGGGGCCCCCUCUUCGUCAUCCCCUCAAUACCCUCCCAAUGCUGAGUCGGCGCCGCCCCCACAGACCAUUUACGUGUCACCGGCGCCCGUGCACCAGCACUACCCCCCGCCACACCCCGGUUCCCUGCACGCACUCACGGCGCACGCCCAGCAGGGGGCACCAACGCACGCUGCACCCAAUCAACACCCAGGCGGGCAGCAGAUGCCCAGCGCGAUGCAACUUUUCCUUGUAAAGCCACAGGGGGGCCAACACCCCCACAUGGGGGCCCCACAGCAACAUCAGGCGGCGGGGCUCUACCCAGGCGGGCUCGUGUCGCAGGGUCCGGGUCCUCACGGACAACCGGGUGGCUACCCGCACCCCCAUGCGCACCCCCAGCACAUCUACACGAUCCAUCCGCCACACCACGGCUACUCCAGUCCCGCAGGGCUACCGCCCAACGCGCAGUCGCAUGCUGCCCACCCAGCGCCGGUCAUGCUGAUGGCGGCGCACCCGUCAUCCUCGGGCCACGGUGGCCCUCCAGGACCCCCGCACCCCCACCAGGGCCCCAUGUCCCUUUCGGGCGUGCCCAGCAUGGCCGUGUCAUCCGGGGCGCCCUACGCCUACAUGACUCUGCAGCCGCAAGAUUUUAUUUUUCUGAAGUACCGCAUUUGAAAAUACCGAUGUUGUGGCAAGUUACUGUUUUUCAAUUACACUUUAUACAGUAUGUUUAAGAAGUGUUGCUAUUAUAAGUUUAGAAUAACUGUCCAAAAGGAUGUAGAUUGUGGUAUUCUGCUGAUUUUCUGUUUCCCCCCCCCCCCCCUUUGACCUCGUUUUAAUGCAGCAGUGCAACAUCCGCAGCAACAGAUGCACUUUCCGCACCCAAGCAGCUGAUUGGACCACGGCAGCCGACGCCCCUUCCAACAAAACAGCUGUUUGGCAGCGAACGCUAUCGACUUUCCUGUGACCGACACUGACGUCUUCGGUAGACCCCAUAGCCAAGCAGCUGUUUGGCUGAGAGGAAAACCUGCUUCCCACCUGCCCUGACUACCACCGUCGUCAUCUUUGCUUUUUUGGAACAAGUUACACCUGCUACUUGUUUUACAGCGACAAUUCUACAACACACAGAACACUGCGUUGGGAUUCCGUGCUGCUGGCCAAUGGGUCGUUAAAGAGUGUGCAAAGCGAAAGACUGAAAAUGCAGCGCUGAGCCUGCGUUGAAAGGAAACGCGGGUCCUCGAGACCGUGACCUGGACACAGAAAGCAAAGCGUAAUUAAUAUUAUUAUUUCCACUGAGUUUAAUUUCAUUUCGUUGUGCUUGUCUAUGCAGACUUGUUAAGCCCCCACAACGGACGGGUUCAGCGAUCGGCAAAAAAAAAAAAA